CAAGUCUUCCUUUCUUGGUCGUCCGUCCCCCAGGAGCGUUGUCCGUCACCCACCCCCCAUAGACCUGAAAGCAAGUUUCGCAUAGAGUUUGUUCGGGGCACGAUGUCCUACUAGCCGGCGCUGGCUUUGCGAGUGUGUGUGUGAGUGUGUGUGUGUACAAGUCGUCGAAGAUGGAAAACUGGAGUGCCUGGAGCGCACCGCUCCAGGAAAUAAGUUCCGAGAAAAUCGCCGUGACUGGGUCUGCCCCUCCUCCUCCUCCACCUCAAUCUCAAGCUCAACCUCAGACUGGCGGCGGCGUACAGUCGUCGCAGGACUACAAGCGACCGACAAGCAAUGGCACGUCUCCUGUGCCGGUCGUGAACGAGCCGAAGCAACAGAGCUCGGAUCAGAAGCAUUGGAGUCAAUGGAGUCAGCAACCGGCUGUGGCGAUUCAGCCAAAUCAGCCAGAGAAGGAGUUUGUUGCUCAACCUCAACCUCAGAGUCAGCACCACCGCGCGUCGAUACAGAGUGCCAACUCGGGACACAGCUCUCUCUAUACACCUCCGCUGGCACCGCAUGGACAUAGACCACCGUCUGUUCACAGCAUACUGGCCCAGGCUCCAAGUCAUGGAGGAUACACGCCCCAUAUCCCGGCGUCAGUCGCGCAGCCUGUCGGGACAAGUCCGACGGCAUUACUCCCCAACCAGUCCCAGUUAGCGACGAAUCUGCGUCUUGGGCAUACCUUUGGAGCACUAAAGUCCGAGAUAUACUUUAGGUCUGGCAUCUUCGACAUCAACGAUAGCUGGCUGCCGGCCUCAGGACCACUGUUCACCGAAGACGUGCACAAAGCGACGAACCGCAUCCGCGAGAAACGAUGGGCCAUCUUCGUGUGCAGGGCCGUCGAUCGGUUCACGGCGUGGUGGGAGGCCAUGAAGCAGUCAAUCUACGACCAGCCCGUGACGUGUGGCGAUCUGAACACCAAGGACAUCAAUCUCCUGCAGCGUGGCUUGUCGAGAACCACCAUUCUCACCAAGGAACGUCUUCCACCGCUCGACGUGCUCAUGGUCUGGCACACCUUCAUGUUGAGUCCGCAGCGAUACCUCGAGGACUGUCUGCUGCAGGGCAUGAUGGGUCUUUGGCACGGCGGAUUCCCGUGGAUGGCAAUCGACCAGGCCAUCGACACUCGGACUGGCAUCUACGAUCCGGGUCCAACAGCAGCAGCAAGCUUCUUGAGCAUGACUGGACGCGCGUGGGUCAACACGCACGAGACGGGCAUCAAGCCGCUUGGCUGCCCGUCCUGUGCAUACAACGGCUGGCCUCCAAACUAUCACGUUCGGCAGAUACACGCCUCGAAUUUUGGCAGUUUGCUGGCGACAGAACAACAGCAGCUGCAGAUGAAGGUCAACUACAGGCACCCCAUCAUCACCGAUAUUGAUGCAAUCUGCUGGAAGGCGGCCGGCUGGGCGGAUGCCGGGUACUUGGUGAUUUGUUCGAAUUGCAAGAAUCACAACACUCAGGAUACGUUGCGGGCGCAGAAACUGGUCUACGACAUCGUUCAGUUCCACAGGCCCAACAACAUGACGGACAAGUUUAUGGUCGGAAACGUGCAUCAUCUCCGACCUCCGCCCGGGGUACUGUUCGGCAAGCAAGGGACUCCUCGGACCGCCGGGAUGAUUAAUGGGAUUGCUGAUGGGGAGGGCUUCUUCCCUAUUCGACUGAUGGAUGCCAUUGCAAAUAUCGAUGGCAGUGGUGCUCGUCGGACGGGCAAGCCAAACUUCAGAUUCACCAUGGAGGCUUUGUUGCAGGAUGUGCAGACGUCGCUCUCGAAGUCGCCAAAACAUCUGAAUUACGCCCAGAUGGGCGGCCACAACAUCUCCGUCAACUACAAGGGAGGCCAGUGGAACUCGGGCAUGGACGAGAAGGAAGGGUUGGCAGUGCGCAAGACACUCCGCUACUACCUGGACAACUCGUCACCAUUCACACUCGAUCUCGUCACGGCGACGAUCCGCAACGGCGUCUUCUCGCAGAAGAUGGAGAACCUAGGCUGGUGGCGCUCGACUCAACUACCUCUCUUCGCCCCACGCCUGAUCGAGAAGUACCGUCGCUUCUUCACCCUCCACUCCAAGGCCUCCCUUCUCUCCAGCUCAUCCCUCCUCGCCGUCCCGACCACAGACGUCGACCUGGCCUGGCACACACACCUCCUCAGCCCAGCCCAGUACUACAACUUCUCCCUGCAGACCGUCGGCCGCCUCAUCGACCACUGCGACAAGAUCCCCGAAGCAUACCUCUCCCAAGCCUUUGCCCAGACAUGCAAGAAAUACGAAGCCGCCUUUGCAGAGCCCUACUCCGAGUGCAUCUGCUGGUACUGCGAAGCCAUCCGCACAGCCAACAACGCAGGCGGCUUCGUCGGCAACCUGUUCAAGAGCAGCAGCAAGGACAAGAAGCCCAUCUGGGCCCACCCUUUGCUCGCAAACGCAACCUCCGACCCGGGCGUCAGCACGCACAUCUCGUCGCACAACGCCGUACGGGUGGAGAAGCCGGAUCUCCGCUAUGCGGAGCUGCAUGCCGAGCAUCAGAAAUGGCUCGAGGAUGGGUGGCGGAAGGCCGUUGAGCGGGCGGGCAAGGAGGGCCGUAGUCGGCCGGUGGCGGCGAAGACGAAUUGGGCGCCGUAUGUGGUGAAUGCGGAUUUGCAGGGCCCGGUUACGGCGGCGUCGACGGCGACGGUGAAUUCGUGGGUUGAGGGCGUGUUGCGCGAUAUGUAUGGCUGGACGUGAUGCUGUUGAUGGCGUUGAUGUGUGGGUGCGUGCCUGUGAUGGCAGGGGAAGGGGCAUGAUGUCUCGACGAGCGGAGACGAUGCACUAUGUGCUCGAGUGGAAUCUGAAAGACUGGAUGAGAGACUAUGGAAGAAGGCCUUUUGGUAAGUACGUCGUUGACACCCUGGGACAUCCUUUAUACGGCGACUACAGACUUCAAGCACAGCGGGCCAGUCUCUACCUCUACGUAUACUGUACCGCAGGACACACAACCAGACAAGGCAGAAAGCCCGUCGUCGCGUCAAGGACAGAUAGGGACAGACUACCACAGCCAAGUCGAUACUACUACCUCCACCACUACGACUACAACCACGAAGCGACAAGCCGGUAAACGGCCCUCCAAGAAGGAGAAAAGCCGAGGAGAAUAGGAAGGAAUACACGACACAGAAGGAAGGGGUAUUUAUAUAACAUAUACUAUACAGCCCAUAGGUAGCAGCAGCUCACUUGAAGGCUGAGAGGAG